AUGGAACCAAUACUGUUUUAUUGUGUUAGGGAUAUUCGGAGGGUUGGUGGAGCGCACAGUUGUUUAGCACCCAUCAUGUUCCAAGACCAUCGUCAGUUGGAUAGCACUCUCAUCUGCAGGGUCAUAUUGCCGUUGAUACAAUCCAACCCCUUCGUCAGCAUUCCGGUGCUGCAAGGUGCGGUCCGAGCGAGCUAUCACUUUAAACCCUCCUACAGAAAGAUGUGGAUGGCGAAGCAGAAGGCAAUUGCACAGAUCUACGGAGAUUGGGAAGAGUCAUACAACAAGGUGCCGAAACUGCUUCAUGCACUGCAAAGUUGUUUUCCUGGAACCAUUUGUGCUCUACGAGCCGGACCGUACUACGAUAAACACCUAGUCCGCGACUGUAGCAUGUUCGACAAAGUAUUUUGGGCUUUUCCAUCAUGUGUUGAGGCGUUCAAGUAUUGCAAGCCGUUUGUUUCCGUCAACGGCACACAUCUAUAUGGCAGAUACGGUGGAGUGUUGCUUAUUGCGGUGGCACAAGACAGCAACAGCAACAUCCUGCCUAUUGCUUUUGCCAUUGUCGAGUUCGAGAGCACCGAAUCAUGGUCAUUCUUCCUUACUAAUCUGAGAUGCCAUGUCACCUCACAAGAUGGCCUGCUGGUUAUCUCUGACAGAUCGCAGGCCAUCAAGGCCGCCCUCAGCUCCGAUGAUAGUGAUUGGCAUCCUUCUAGAGCGUUCUAUGCUUACUGUAUCAGACAUAUGGCUGUGAAUUUCAUGGCUCGUUUUAAGUCAGUCGAAGGCAAGAGAUACCUCAUAAACGCUGCUUACAGUCCAAGCAAGACGGGGUAUGAGUAA